AUGCGCUCUUCUAAACCAAUGUGAGUUCCUUAUAAUUUUAAUUUUUGAAGAAAUAUGUUGAUCUCAUCUUUGUAAAUUUUUUUCGGGUUUCGUUCUUAUAAAUUUUCCGCCUCCAACUCCUUUUCUCCUAAUUUUCACCUCAUAGGGGAAUAUUGUCAAAUUGACGCCCCCAGUUUUUUGGCCUUCGUUUUCAUGUGCAUACAUUUUUUUCAAUUAUUUAACAUUUCAGACGUCACUCGUGUAACUCUACAGAAGAUGGUUUGCAAAGGUAUCCGGAUCAAGGCUUGGACGAAACAAACAAGGUCAAUUUCACUUUAUUUGACUUUAUAUUCAUCAAAAUUUAAGAAUUAUGCGAAUAAAAAUGUAAGUGAGCAGGAGCGGAACAAAAGCUUUUCAACACCUCCAUAUAUCAUUUGCAAAAGUGAGUCGGACAAUCACAGAAAAUUUUUUUAG